AUUGGUAGGUCUGUUCUCUAAGUUUAUUUGUUUGACUACACAUACCACAAGACGGAGUAUAGUUGAUUAUUCUACCGAGUACAAUACACAAGAGAAAUUACUGCAUUCAGUAUAAGGGAUUUUUGCCAUCAAUUUAAAAUGAAAAGAAGUAAAGAAGUGAUAACUAAAAAUCAUAAUCAAGAAGAAAUAAAUGUUCUUCGUUGUUGGAAAUGUAGAAAAUGCAUAGCAAGUUCUGGUUGUUUGAUGAAAUAUCUUGAGAAUCAAGUGAUUAAGGAUAGCUAUGACUCAGCUGAUGAUCACGAUGCUUGUCGUGUGUGGCACAUGAACAUAGAAGCCCUUCCAGAGUGGAUAAACUGCCUAAUACAAAAGGCCCAGUGGACGGUGGGAAAACUGAAUUGCCCUUUCUGCGGGGCCCGCCUCGGGGGCUUUAAUUUUGUCAGCUCUCCAAAAUGCGCCUGCGGCCAGCGCGCAGCUGUGCAUCUCUCCCGGAGCCGGACCGACUGCCAGCCCGCGCGGGCGGGCCGCCUAACGACACCGCCGCUCAGACACUCGCCACAUCCUAGAGUUCAGUCAGGUGGCGGCUCGGACACUCUGCUCACAGGUGGCGCCUUCAGAAACAGAAACCGCAGGCCUUCGGCCAUGGCACAAAAGAGUCACGGGCCCGGGCGACUAACAGAGGCCCUCUGCCUGGAGGUCGGGUGGGCGCCUUUGCAGGUCAAGAAGGAAAAGCUGCUCUUCAAAGCGUCCGACUCCAAAUGCCAGCUUUUUGUUCCCCAGCUUGGGGCUGCCACCUGCCCCCGGAGAGCUCUCCAUAGAAAAUCGCACAGCUUGGAUCUGAGCGUCAGCGAGAAGCUGACUUUCUUGCCCACGUUCUGUGAAAUCCGGAGUAAGACUGCGGCCCACCCCAGGCUGAGGGAGGCGCCGUCGGAGCCUGGCAAGCUCGGCCGCCCCUUUCCCGUGGCAUCAGGCCUGGAUCCUGACACGCCGCUGCAGAGGUUUUCAGCGGCUCCGCGUGAGACCCAGGCACAGAGACAAAGAGGAGGAGAAUUGCAGCAUGCUCUGGAAGCUUCUGCAGCGUACGCGGAGCGCGCUGGCUCUGACAGCCUGGCUUUCCUGGUGGACCUGCCCUCGGGCGGCAGGAGCGCGCUGGAGGCCUCGGACCAGGAGGAGCGCCUGUCCCCGCUGCACUUCUUGGGCUCGGGCAGCUUUUCGUUGGGGGCCAUUAAUCAGAGGCUCAGUAAGAGGGAGAGGAGCAAGUUGAAGAACCUGCGAAGGAAACAGCGAAGGCAUGAAAGGUGGUUGCAGAAGCAGGGUAAAUACCCAGGAGUGGGAUUGCUGAAUCAUAUGACUUUGACUAAUGACAUGAGUACAGAUGAUGAGAAUGAAUAUGUAGAAGAAAAGGAAAGCUACAUCUGUGCAGUGUGUCUGGAUGUUUAUUUCAACCCCUACAUGUGUUACCCCUGCCACCACAUCUUCUGUGAGCCCUGCUUACGGACCCUUGCCAAAGACAAUCCUGCGAGCACUCCCUGCCCACUGUGUCGGACAAUUAUUUCCAGAGUCUUCUUCCAGACAGAGCUGAACAAUGCCACAAAAACAUUCUUCACUAAAGAAUAUUUGAAAAUAAAGCAGAGCUUUCAGAAGUCCAGCUCUGCAAAGUGGCCCCUACCGAGCUGCAAAAAGAAAGCUUUCCAUCUGUUUGGAGGCUUCCACAGACGCGCGGCCCCAGUCACCAGGAGGCAGUUCCCGCAUGGUGCGCACCGGAUGGACUACCUGCACUUCGAGGAUGACAGCCGUGGGUGGUGGUUUGACAUGGAUAUGGUGAUCAUCUACAUUUACUCAGUGAACUGGAUCAUUGGAUUCAUUGUUUUCUGCUUUCUUUGCUAUUUUUUCUUUCCAUUUUAGGAAUUUUCACACCUUACCACAGUUGAACAAUCACGGGUGAUACAGAUAACAAUUGCUUAAACAUUUUGUAACUGUGCUUUGAACUUUUUAUAAUGUUGUAUUAUAUAAAAUGUGGGUGUUUAUAGGAAGUCCGAGAAUAAGUAACUUAUUAGUAAUUUAUUAAUGUUUUUCAUGUAACAAACUAGACUUGAUCUAUCUAGCUCUUAGCACCAAUGCACUAUGAAUUUAUAGUUGUUCUUUGUUUAGGAUUUGUGGGCUCUAAUUUUACAGUCUUUCAUACUUACCUUCAUUGUAAAAACUGUUUUCCUCCACUUAAAAAUAGUAAAAAUACAAAAUAAAAUGAUAAUAUGGAUAUGUAUCAGAAAAAAUAUUUAGUCAGUCACCACUUAUUCUCAGGCAAAUAUAUGCAUUCGAGAUAAGCCACAUUCUCGGGCACUGGUCCAACAGGGUAUAUUCUGUUUUGGUUUCCAGUCAUCCCUAAUUAUGCCCCUUUCUAUUACCAAGAAAGCUGGCUGUCCUAAGACCUAAGAGAGCUUUAGUGCAACAUUUUUAAUUAUUACAAGAACAAAAUAGUAAGUAUUAAAAAAGAGACUAACCCCCACCAAUAGAAACUUAGAGAAAUAUAUUAAUACUUUUUGAAUUACAAGAUUACGCACCCAAAGAAAUAAAAAAAAUUAUUGACUGAUUUUCAGUAGUCUAAAAUAGCAGUGCAUGUCCAAACUGUAAUCUAAUGAUUCAUUUAACUAUAAGGUUGUCAAAUACAUAGUAAAUGUGCAAUAAAGAGUGACUUUUA